AUGAAACCAUCACUGUUCCAUGGAGGAGUUGACCCUUUGAAAGCCGCGGCAUGGGUUCUCGGCAUUGAAAAAUUGUUUGAAGUCUUCCCGUGCACCGAAGCACAAAAAGUUCUGCUAACCGCAUUUACCUUAGAGGAUGAUGCUAGAAGAUGGUGGAUGAAAGUUUCUAAAUUUGAAGGGUUAAAACAAGGCAACCGAACAGUGGCUGAAUAUGAAUCUCAGUUUACCGAAUUGGCAAGAUUUGUUCCUUACAUGGUUGAUACUGAUUAUAAGAAGGCAAGAAAAUUUGAAGGAGGACUCCGGAACUCAAUCCAAGAGAAAGUUAAUGUGUUGAAACUAACAAAAUGGGUAGAUGUUUUAGACCGAGCAUUGAUGUCUGAAGCUAAGAUGAAUCAAAAUUCUGAAUGGAAGGGAAAAAAGCAAGACUCUGAUGUGAAUAAAGAAUCUUCGAGAAAUAAGAAAUCGAAAUCAAAGACAUUAAGCCAAGAUGAACUCGCUCAAAGAAACAACUCCGCAUCAACUUGUCUAGAAUGUGGGAAAAAGCACCGAGAAAUUUGUUACCGAAUUUCUGGAGCCUGUUAUAGGUGUGAUAGGAAGGGCCAUACAGUAAGAAAUUGUCCUCAUAUGGGAUAG